AACAACAAUUUUCAAUCAAAAACAAAAUAUUUUUCCCUUCGUGUUUUCGUGGAAAAUCGCCCGUUUACACCUUCCCACAUUCGUGAAUUCAUUCAAAAUUCAAUGCCUGCACAAGCCUCAUUGUGUUUGUUGCGUAUUGAAAUCAUAGAAUCCGAAAAUUCGACCGUAGACGAAGAAUCUACAAAGCGUUUGAGUUUGACUGAAGCGGCGGCAAUUUCAUCGGAGACAGUUUCAAUGGCUCGCGUGCUAAAAGAGCAACGGGGACAACGAAAACCUCGCGAAAUCUCAAUCGAGACAUACACAAAUCGUCUUUCCGAGUCGGAAUCCUUGGGAGUUUUGCCGAAAAAUUCGUCGCGGGAACAUACGCCGUUGGAGGAUCAUCAACCGUUGUGCGAUGGACUCGGCGAAAUUAACUUUUUCUCUGGAAAUCCCUUCGUCGAAUGCACCAAGGGCAUUUUGCACUUUUACAAAAGCAACGAAAGAACGGAACUACGUGAGGGGAUUUCAACAAUGUUGUGUUUGUUAGCGGUCCCUACAACGCUCAGCUGUCACGAUAUUUUGAAUUUUGUGGCGCCCUGCCAAGCUGUGAUCUCGCACGUGCGAAUAAUUCGUGACGGGAGUCCCAACCAGUUCAUGGUUUUGCUGGAUUUUCGUACUAUUGAAGCGGCUUUCGAGUUUUAUCAGACUUUUAACGGGGCGCCGUACAAUUCUCUUGAACCGGAUUCCUUAUGUCAUGCCGUUUGGGUCUCAGGCAUCGAUUGGGGACAUGAUGGCACGCCUCCCCCAGGACAUACGGAGCUUCCUACAUGUCCCGUGUGUCUCGAACGCAUGGAUGAGUCCGUUGACGGGGUGCUGACAAUUCUCUGCAAUCACGCUUUCCACGCUGGUUGCCUCAAAAAUUGGGUAGAUUCGACGUGCCCCGUUUGCCGGUACGUUCAAACGCCCGAAAUGACCGAAAGUAACGUUUGCAUGGAGUGUGAAGGUGCCGAGGGACUCUGGAUUUGCUUGAUUUGUGGUCACGUGGGCUGCGGACGAUACCAAGGAGGACAUGCCGCAUCCCAUUUUCGGUCGACAAACCACACGUACGCCUUGCAACUUGGCACAAAUCGCGUUUGGGACUAUGCCGGAGACAAUUUUGUGCAUCGCUUGUUGCAAAGUAAGACAGAUGGCAAACUCGUAGCCACCCAAUCGCCCGAAGAAGGCGGCGAAGAGAAAGUUGACUCGAUCCAACUCGAGUUUACGUAUUUGUUGACGCAACAACUCGACGCGCAACGCGAAUAUUACGAAGAAAAACUCGAAAGACUCGAAUCGAUGAUAAUUUCCGCGGGGCAAUCCAAACAAAUUGAGCUGGAAAAGGAAAAACAAAAGAACGAAAAGUUGGAAAAUGAAAUCCAGACACUUGCCAAGGACAAAGCGGCGUUAGAGAAAAAAGUUACGCAUCUCUCGACGAAACUAGGAAGCGUUUUGCGUGAAUUGGCGGAAGAAAAACAGUUCAACAAGACAUUGCAUGCGAACCAAAUGUCCUGGCAGACCAAAUAUAACGCGCUCGAGCAAAAAUAUCAAGAAAAAGACGCGGAAAUUACGGAAUUGAAGGAGCAAGUGCGUGACUUGAUGUUUUUCAUGGAAGCCCAAAACACAAUUUCAAAGUCUGACUUGAAAGAGGAGCUCGUUGAGGGAUGCGUGACCGUUGGAGAUCCCUCCCCAACAUCAUCAAAGACCAAAAAUCGUCGCAAGAAGAAUAAAAAUUGAAUGAAUUUCGUAAUUUAAAAAAUUAUAUUUAAAUAAUAAUCGUACUUUGUAUUAAAAAUUUAAUGGAAAUCAGUGA